AUGGCAGAUUUAAUUUUCGUUCCAAAAAUUGGUCUUAUAAAGAAUAAUCACUCUUCAAUAUCAAGAACUAGGCUAUGAGUUCCACCUGUUGUUACGAGGAUUUCAUCUGUUCCUAAGCUUCGCUUAAAAGAACCGUUCUCUAAAUCAAGAAAGCCAUCACUUGCCAAGAUUCCAAUUAUCUCUCAUCAUAGAUCUACAUCAACUUAUGAAAAGCAGCCAUCAAGAAGCAAUUCUGUACUGAGAAGCAGUGUUAUUUCAGAACGAAAAACAUCUCAAUCAAGGACUGUUCAUAAUAGCAUAUCAUUUGUGAAUUUAGAAGGAUUCAAAAAGUUUAUCAGAGCAAACUCUCAGUCGAGCUUAGUUCAUGAUAUCACCACUUCAAGGAAAAGUCUUAAAACUAUGAAUAAAAUCUUCAAUAAGCUCGAAAAUGUGCAGAUGUAUUUAAAAUAA